CCGUGCACGCUUCUAUUCAUCAUUUCAAAAUGGCGGACUUCUAUCUUCGCUACUACGUCGGACACAAAGGGAAAUUUGGCCACGAGUUUUUAGAAUUCGAGUUCCGACCUGAAGGCAAACUUCGGUAUGCAAACAACUCGAACUACAAGAAUGAUGUGAUGAUUCGCAAAGAGGCAUUUGUACACAAAUCUGUUAUGGAUGAACUUAAAAGGAUAAUUGAAGACAGUGAGAUACUGAAAGAAGACGACACCCUUUGGCCACAGCCAGACCGAGUUGGAAGACAGGUAGGAUUUUUUUGUAAUUUUUGGAAAGUAAGAGAUACUUUAAUUAAAAUAACUCCAACAUCAAUGUUUGUCUCUAUUCCAUACCAAAAUUUUCUAAUUUUUCUGCAGGAACUUGAAAUAGUGAUGGAUAAUCAGCAUAUUUCAUUUACAACUUCCAAGAUUGGGUCUCUUGUUGAUGUCAACCAGUGCAAAGACCCUGAUGGCCUAAGAAGUUUUUACUACUUGGUUCAAGACCUCAAGUGUAUGGUGUUUUCUCUAAUUGGUCUCCACUUCAAAAUCAAACCAAUCUAAAUGUUUUCUCAAUUUGUGUUAUAUACAACUUUGCAGCCAUAUCUUUGUUUCAUAAUUUUGAUCUUUCUUUCUUACAUAUUGUCAACUUGAGAAUUAAACUGUGGAACAUGAUAUAUUGCAGGUUGCAAGCAUGCUCCUCUUUGCUUUUUUGCUUUCCUUUUCUAAAACUUCAUAAAAGAAAUCUACUGAGAGUCAAAACUUUGUACAUAUUUUUCAGAAACUAGAUGAAAUAACCACCAUCAUCAAUUUUCGAAACUGUACCCUUGUGCUAUGCAUGUGCACCAUAGCUUUUGAACACUGUGAUAUUGGAUUUCAGCCCACAGUUAAAUAAUUUUCUUUAUAAACAAACCCUUCUCUUUUACUGAGUACAUAGUCAAAAAACUGUAUCUUUUGUUAGUUUGGUCACAGCAUUAAUAAAAUGUUUUUAUUUACAAAGCA